AAAAAAGAAAAGAUACUUUCGUACAAUAAAGCAUUUACAUCCCUUCUGGCAUAUGGCUCUCACUAUUUCUAUGCCUAUAAGGAGAGGAUAGAGAUUUCUUGGUUCCAUUAUUUGAUAGUUUUUUGCUUACACUACCCAUCUCUUUGAUUCUUCUUCUCUUUGCCAUUUAUAGAAGUUCAUAGGGACAGUGGGAGUUAUAUAAUCAGGCAGGCAUGGCCAUCAAAGGGGAUGUAGAGAGUGAUUUGCAGGAGGGCAUAAGAGAGCCACUGAUGAGGGUAGAGAAGAACUUGGCUGAUGGAGAUGGAUCAGCUGAUGGAGGAAGCAGCAGAGGAGGGAAUCCAUGGAUGGUUUACCUCAGCACAUUUGUUGCAGUUUGUGGCUCUUAUGAAUUUGGAUGCUGUGCAGGUUAUUCGUCGCCUACUCAGUCUGCCAUCAGGGAAGAUCUCAGUUUAUCAUUAGCAGAGUAUUCAGUGUUUGGCUCCAUUUUGACGCUUGGUGCAAUGAUAGGUGCUAUCACAAUUGGUCCCAUCACUGAUCUUCUUGGUCGAAAAGGGGCAUUGAGAGUGUCGAGUGCUUUCUGUGUUGCAGGUUGGCUUGCUAUUUACUUUUCCAAGGAGGCUUGGUCUCUGGACAUUGGCAGACUGGCAAACGGAUACGGAAUGGGAGCCUUUUCAUACGUGGUGCCUGUUUUCAUAGCUGAAAUUGCUCCAAAAAAUCUUCGAGGAAGACUAACUGCUAUAAAUCAGUUAAUGAUCUGCUGUGGAGUGUCUGUUUCCUUCAUUAUUGGAGUACUAGUUAGUUGGAGGGCUUUAGCAUUAAUUGGACUUAUUCCCUGUGCUGUGAACAUUUUCGGUCUCUUUUUCAUUCCCGAGUCUCCAAGAUGGCUGGCAAAGAAAGGACGCCAUAAAGAGUUCGAAGUUGCACUGCAGAAACUUCGUGGGAAAGAUGCUGACGUAUCUCAUGAAGCAGCAGAAAUCCAGGAUUAUAUAGAAACUCUUGACCGGCUUCCUAAAGCCAAAUUACUGGAUUUGUUUCAAAGGAGAUACUCACGCUCAGUCAUUAUUGGAGUUGGGCUGAUGGUCUGUCAACAAUUUGGAGGAAUCAAUGGCGUCUGUUUCUAUGUCAGUGAUAUUUUCGAUCAAGCAGGAUUUUCUUCCAGCAUUGGAACUAUAACCUAUGCUAUUCUUCAGGUUGUGGUUACUGGCAUUGGUGCAGCAGUAAUGGAUAAAGCUGGAAGAAAGCCUCUAAUUUUGGUUUCUGCAUCAGGGGUGGUACUUGGCUGUCUUUUGACUGCAGUUUCAUUCUUUCUGAAGGUUCAUGAACUGGCACUCACAGCAACUCCCAUACUUGCUGUAACCGGCAUACUGGUCUAUAUAGGAUCCUUUUCAAUAGGAAUGGGAGCAGUUCCUUGGGUUGUGAUGUCUGAGAUAUUCCCUAUAAAUAUUAAAGGGCAGGCUGGAAGCUUAGCAACGUUAGUGAACUGGUUUGGUGCAUGGUUGUGUUCCUACACUUUCAACUAUCUUAUGAGUUGGAGCUCCUAUGGUACCUUCAUUCUGUAUGCAGCAAUCAAUGCUCUGGCUAUAUUGUUUGUGAUUUUGAUGGUACCUGAAACAAAGGGGAGAACCCUGGAACAAAUCCAAGGAGCCAUUAACAAAUAGAGAAUUCAAGCAAGAAUUUUUCAUUUAAAAAAAGAAAAAA